AUGCUUAAAGCUGCCUUUGAAUAUCCUCCUCCACUAUCAUCCUUAGGAACGAACAGUGACGCACAUGCUGGAUUUCGUGCUUGUGAAUGCUUGGAGGGACAUUAUCGGACUCAUAUGUUUGAACAGUGUCGAAAAUGUAAAGAUGGACUGAAAUGCCAAGAUGGCUAUGCUACUUUGCAAUCUGGCUAUUGGUGGAAAUGGAAGAACAACGUCCGCAAACAUCGCUAUCGACUUUUUAUAGCCAAUCUCUUAUCACCUUCGCCAUCAUUUGAUGAAGAGGACGUGCAAUAUCCGUAUCCCCUACCAACUCCAUAUAAGUGCCCAGGGAAAAGUUCUUGCAAAGGUGGCAUGGAUUCUUUUUGUAAGGAUGGCCACGAAGGCCCCCUCUGUGAUGUGUGCACAAAAGGAUACUUUAAGCAAUUUCAUCAGUGCAGGAAAUGCCCAACAAAGACGUGGAUUCUCGCCCAGAUGUCUAUAGUUGUUCUCGUUAUUUUGACAAUAAUUUCUGUUUGCAUUUGGACAAAAAAAAUAAAGGAUAAAGAAGGGGUUGGAAACACUGUGGCAGACUCUUUUCUGUCCAAAAUAAAGAUCGCAAUUGGAUUUUAUCAGGUCACUUAUGGCUUGCUUGAAGCGUUCUCAUACAUUGAAUGGCCCGAGUCCGUACAGGCAAUCGGCAAGUAUUCUGAAACACUCCAGCUAAACAUACUUGAGAUGACUCCAAUUAACUGCAUCUUUAAGGACCUAAACGUGGAUGCCUUUGCAAACUUGCUCUCCAUGAUGGCAAUUAAUUUUGCCAUUGUCAUCUGUGCGGGCCUAAGCUACCUUGUAAGGAAAGCUGUUAUCUCUAGUAAAGCAGGAAUGGACGACGACGAAAAGUCACAUAAAAUAUCACAAGCUAAAGAAACCGUGUACAAAAAUUUGUUCUUUUUCCUGUACAUCACCUACCUUAGCACGUGUUCCAAGACAGCAGCUGUUUUGCCCCUUGCAUGCCGGGAACUUUGUCAGCACGAAGAUGAGGACUCGUGCACGAAGUACUUAAAAGCAGAUUACAGCAUACAAUGUCAUGGGCCUCUGUUCAAUAAACUGCUUAUCGCAGCAUAUUUUUCAUUGGCGUACGUUGUUGCUCUUGCUACUGCCACGUUCAUAAUCCUUUGGAGAAAACGAAGAGUAAUAAAAACCAAAGAGGAUGUCGUCAGAGGAUCUAAAGAUAGAGCCUCUGGCAUUGAAAUAAUCAAGGGGUUGCAAUUUCUUUACGAAAACUAUACAGCUCGUUCGUGGUACUGGGAACUAAUAGAGACUUCUCGUAAAGUAAUCAUCACAUCCGGUUUGAUACUCGUGGGGCAGGAAAGCAGAUCAUACAUUGGCUUAGCAUGGGCCAUUGCUGGCAUAUAUGGAGUGUUUUUUGCCUGGAAUCGUCCGAUACAAGACGCCUUUGAAAAUCAAUUGAUGGCCGCAUCCAUUGGCGUUACAGUUUUCAACCUGGGUGUUGGGGCGGUCAGUAAAAUUCCUUCAGAGAACGUACCUUCAGUGACCGACGUUUACAUGGAUACUUUUAUAUUCAACAUAUUAGUUCUUGGAGCAAACACAUUGGUCAUCGGAUUAAUUGCCUGUAAGAUUAUUAUUAUUAUCUUCUUUAACUUUAUGCCACAAUGCAACAUCUGGUGAUAACCAAGCUAUUUGAUGGUGAGUGACUUUUCUUAGAGUGGGACGUGUUCCAAAACGUCUGAUUAACAAAUAGAUUCCAAAUAGAGUGUGUCACAGAUGUUUUUAUACUUGUUUUACUGUUAUGUAAUCUUCUAUAGUUCAUGUAUUUCGAUGUUAGCCCGGAUAUGUUGAAUAUAUUUUUCCAACCCGUAUUUGAAAGGGUAAGUUAAUAUGUCAUAUUUGUCUGAAAAAAGGCCUAAAAAGGCUCACAGACGCAUUUAAUGGCCAUGAAAAACUCAAGAAAACGCUCUGGUUUUGUUAUUUAUUUCAAAAAGUAAAGUGCUUCAAUGUUAUAAAACAAAUAGUAAUAAAAACACUGAAUUUGCAGCGGUUAAAAAGGGAGCAAAGUGAGAAACUUUUUAGGUCUUUUUUGACGGAAAGGAGUACCAUUUGUCAAUAGAAGUAAACGAAAUGGGUAUAAAUGGUAUAUGAAAGGAUAAGGGGUUGAACCUCGGGCCGGAGUCUUUUUGUAUAACACUUUGUUGAUCAUUUCUCCGCGCACAGACAUGGCUCACUUGUUCUAAAAAAAUGUCUUACCACCUCCGAUAUUGCGGGCACUGUAGUCUGUUUGAACAUAAUAGUGUGAACUGUCGAGAGUAAUUUGGAAAACCCUAGGCUGUACUCUGUACACUACUAAAUAUUAUGUCGAUAAACCGUUGGCCCCCUCAUUCAAACCUCGCACAUAUACCAAAAUCUAUGGGACUUGUUGUGCAGGCAAGUCAAUAACUCAAUCACAUGUUCUAAUGGGAUUUCUGACGGUUAAGUGUACCGAUUCUUUUCAGCUCAAUACAUGCUGCACCUGUAUGCCUAUCUCAAGGAAUGGCAUAAAAAUCCACAGUGGUCUUUCUCUUGUUGUCUAGCGCUGAUCCUUCCCUUUCUCAGUCUGCCAGAGGAUAUCAGUGGCAUAGAAAGAGCAAAUAUAAUGAGUAAACAAUUAGAAACAGGAGACAUCGAAAUGCCCACUAUUACGGAUGCCGUGCAAGACAGUGGAGCUGUUAAUAUCUCGCUUGAGGAAGGUGGAGAAUCUGACUGUGAACAUCAGAAAAACCCCCAAAACAGCACCAUUGCGCUAAUUAAUAGGGCUUUAGAAAACAGUGUUGAAGAAAAGAAACAAGAGGAUGGCAACACGAAAGUGAAAAAUAUUAUCCGCACUACCACUCAGCUAAAGAGCAAUGAAAGGAAAAUAGAGGCCUUUGCAAUCCUUUCACAGCAAAAGUCAAGUACGAAUCAUCAAGGGACCCAAACGAGUUUUACUGCUCUUUGUUAGAUCAAUCGCUCGUGAGACAGAACAAGAGACUCAGUUCUAGAAUAAGAAGAGCAGAAGAAAUAGUGCAAUUGUGAGAUUAGAUGUAUAUAAGAGAGGCAUAAAUCCACGAUACAUCUAUUUGGUCGCAAUUUAUGUUCUCGUUCAUUUGAUUGUAUUUCUUUUUUACUUAUUCUUCCAUCCUCCGUUCUUGUUUUUUUUUUUUGUUACUCAUUGAACCAAUUCGUCCAAGUACGCAAUUUCAUUUUUGUUGUUUUGCUCGAUCGUUUAUUCUUUUUAUACCAAGUAUUAUUUAAAUAAUUGAAUUUAGGUGUCUUGAUAGUGGAGCUCUCUCUUGCGCGAAGCGCACACAGCGGAGCACCAUGGAUAAGAAAAUUUGGUUACUAUGUAUCAGUACGCCCGUCUGUCCUCCCCUCAGGCAUACCAAUGUAAAAUAAUCAAUCAACAGAUAUAGUAGCCCAAAUACAACUCGAAUUUCUUUGGCGGAAAUCGCAUGGCCAACCGCGUCUCGUGUAGCAAAGACAAUUAAAGGGUCAAUAAAGACAAAAUGGAAAGCAGAAAUUGUUUCUCUAUCCGUGUUCUCUAAAGCUAAUGUCCACAAAUUGAGAAUGCAGAGAAAGAAAAAGACAGAGAAAACGAGAAAGUAGAAGACAGGCUAGCGGAGCUAAAAGAGAAAAAGAGAGACAGUGAGUUACAACGAGAGAUAAACAAAGGAGACAAAUUUCUUUGGAAAAACAACAUGAAAAGUUUAUAGGGCGGACAGAAAAUGAAAAAUGCAAGCGGCCAGUAGGGUGACAGUGAGCGGCAGUGAAAAGAAAAGCGAACAGGAUCAUAAGCAACAAAGACAUAUUUUCUGCAUAAUACGUGUAACUAAGAAGUUUCAAGAUGCAACAACAAUGGGAAAGAAAUGUACAAAAAAGUGUGCUUCACGUGCAAAGGUAGUUUUUUGCUAAUAGACUAUUAGACCUAUUGAUUUUUGCUUUUCGAAAACACAUCGUUUCUCGUAUGUGGUGUGGUUGUAAGUUUGACUUCUAGCAGCAAUGUCCAGUCUUUCCUGACAUUUACCGUUUUGUUAUCUAAAUAAUCUGAAAUAAUACAAUUUGCCACUGUAUCAAAGCAAAGUAAUUUAGUUAGUUAUUUAAUUGGGAGCAAUACUUCAGAAUACCCCGCCCGACUUCUCGGAGCUUAACGUCGAUCCCACAGUAAGGUCUGCUCGAUUGGUCAAACAACAAUCCCGUCUGGCGAAACUACAUUGCUCCUUGGACCAACCAACGCAAUCUAGACAGUUCGGGUUUUCGUUAAAGUUUUGUCACCCAGCUGGCAUCUUUAUGCCAAAAAAACAACGUGCUUUUCUAUCACACUGCAAUUGAACAUAAAAUGAACAUGGCGUUACAAAAAUUCGCACAUGGCGCAACUCACUAUUGCAAAUUCAAACGCACAGCACUAUGUGAAAAUGCUUUGCACCACGACAAAAAAACCACCACCAACAAGCAAAUUUUAUGUAGAUUUCAAAAAUAAUUUUUUCAAAGAUCAAAAAACUGAAACACACCUUCUAUCUUCCGAUGUUUUGCGCCUUGUCUGGUAGAUCUUUGAGCUGAAACACUCCCGUUUUUAGCCGUUUUACCUCUAGAAAACACGCAAAACUUCAUCGGUUGCCAUUUUUUUCACACUCAUGGGCUUCCUCCUCAUUCAAAGGCGCAGCCCCUAAAGAACUGUGGGAAAAGGUCAUUUCUAGGCGUAGCAAAGAGUUGAAAAGUGACCCUUGAUCUUGUCCCUUGGUUUUGGAACCAUGUUGAAAAUUUGGGUGACGUCAUCAUAUAUCCAGUUCUGGUUGUGCCCCGGACUGGUAGUCGUCUCUUAUCGUCUGCAAGCGGUCACGGAACGGUCGCGAAGAGGACGGUGGGAAAAGGAAGAGACUUUUUCCUUCUUCCUAUCUUCCCCCGCGCAAUUCUUCCACGCACUUUUUCGUUUGUUACAUGUAGGUACAGGGACCGCGCAGAGGGAGGGGCUGGGGGGGCUUUAGCCUCCCCACUUUUUUGCAAGAAUAAAAAUAAAUUUAACAAAAAAUAAUUUAACAAAAGUAACAGAGUGAAAAAUAGCAAAAAAUCGUUAAUUCGAAAGUGACCAGAGUUACUGGCAAAGACAAACGCGCAGAUAAAUAGGCAGAAUGAAGCAUUAGUCGUUACAAUUGUAAAAUAUUUUUUCGCUUCUAACCUAGCAGAGGUAAACGUCUUUUAAAUGGCCUCUUUUUCCUGGAAAAACUGUACAACGAUGAUGUUAAUAUUUCAGUGUUAACCGCCCAGAUGGAAAUUUUACAAGUGCUGCUGAAGGAUGGUGAUUAUUUUUGUUUUGACGACAUCAUAGUAAAAAUCAAAGAGCUACCCAACCCAGAACGGGAAAUGAUAAAAGAAGUUAUCACGUUAUGUAAGCUGAUUGUCGUAAAUCCAGCAACCAGUGCAGCCGGUGAAAGAUCCUUUUCGACUGCCCGGAGGCUAAAAACAUGGCUCCGUUCAAGAAUGAACCAGGAACGAUUUAGUAACCUGACAGUUUUAAACAUACACAAAGAAAGAACGGACAGGCUUUCCACCAUUGACAUAGCAAACGAAUUUACCGACCGCAACACAAACAGAAAGCGUAAUUUUGGCACUUUUCGAGUAAAUGAUGUACAGUAACUUUAAUAUCAUUCACUAAAUUAUUUUCAGUUACCGUUUUGUUUUGCCGUGUAAAUAUUUUGAAUGAAUAAUUAAACAAUUAUUGAACUCGGCUUUCGUAUGAUACGAAGAUAUACAGAUCUCAGAGGGUGUUAUCCACCGGGCUCAAGCCUUCAGCUUUGGCGGAUAACCCCCUUGAUCUGAUACUCAGCCUCGUGCAAUAAUUGCUCAGUAAUUAUACAGCCUUGAGUUCAAGGCAGCUCAAGCAAAAUCGUUGGAUUUCUGGCUUAUUUAUAGUAAUUAAAGGUUGAUAUCAGUAGUAUAACAUAACAAUCUAUGAUAUUUCAAUUUAGUGAUGGUGAAUUUUCAGACCCGAUAGCAAGAUCACUGAAGAUGUGGAAAAAAAUCAAUAGCUUUAUCGUUAUUCGCAUUCUCCGUUACUUUAGAGAAAUUGAAUAGAAAUCCACAAGCAUGCCCCCCCCGGCCCCCCCCCCAAAAUUUUCUUUCACGCAUUCUUCUUUAGCCCCCCCACUCGAAAACUUGCUGCGCGGUCCCUGAGGUAGCUUGAUGGCGUUUUUGAGCGACAGAAGUCAAUCUUUUAAGACUCCUCCAAAUUUAUAUUGCUAAGUGUCUUGAGUCUAAAGAGAAGCUUUUUUCAGAAAAAUUUGGGAAAGAAAACACUACCUAACUUGAAGGAUGCAGAAAGUCCACUUCCGGUUAACUUGCGUCGGUUGACGUCAUUUCCGAAGCACACUGAUAUUAAGGAGUUUGAGUUACCAGUCGACUACGACAGCGGCAAUAAGAUCUCCCUAUUAUUCCAACUCACUCAUUUUUUCAAUUGAAGGCGAACUCUCCUGGAGUUGAUUUCCUAAGAACCAUAUCCAAGUUCAGAAAGUUAAAGAAAAUUUCGUCGUUUGUUGUUUACGUCCUCCAUAAAACGUUAAAUAAGGUAUUUCCUCAUCGUAGUCAUGAACUAGAACCACUACGUGGAACUUACCGGGGCCCAGUGGGACAAGGGAUUGCAUAAAUAUAGUUUACCCCUUGCACCCCUCCCCCCUCCUCUGUGGAGGCUAAUACUUAGUCUGAUUUAACUCAUGCAGAAAAAAAGCAAUAAAAUGCAUGAGAAAGGAGGAUGUUGUUGUAAGUUUGUUCAGUGCUAUCACAGCUAACGGUCUGUGUCAUAGUAGUGUUUUUACACUGUGAUGUAAAUAAGUGUGAUCUGUAUAAGGUUUUUAUUUGUUUUCAAGUUUAAGUGAAAGAGCAAAAAUCACUGACAGUUUUGGGUUGAAUGGUAAUGACAAAGUUUGCAAAGAAGUUUGUUACAGAAUUAUCACAAUUUUGCCUACACGGUCUGCAUUGCACUUCUCAUAGAACAAACAUGCAUGUUCAUGGAGAGCCUGUAGUGUUGAAGAAUCCCAGUAAGUGCAUGAUUUGAUGACAGAGAAACAAACUGCAUAGAUGGACAUAAUAAAAUGCUUAUCUAUUGAUGACUGAGUAUCAUUUGUUCAUUCACUGCACAUUGAAAUGGAGGCAUCUGAUUGUAAGGCAGUGGUUGAUACAUAGUGGCAUUCAUCAAUAUGACCUAAAGUAAUUGUAGAGGAAGUGUUUCUUUCCUGAACUGGGUAAACAGUAAUAAGUGGUGCAAAGCCUUGACUAGAUUCUACUAUUUGUAUAGCAACAUUUAAUGCAUCUGCAACUGCUUGAAUGAUAAGUGCAUCAGCCCAUGUACCUUGAAUACACAUAUUAUUCAGAUAUCUUAGCCAUGAAUUUUCGGUAUUGCUCUCAAUAAAUCUCUCUCGGUUGUCUCUCAUAAAUUGAACCCCAGCAGUAUGUAUAUGCAUAUGAUGCUUGCUAUUGCCACAUAAUUGAUGUGAUACAGAUCUAAAGAAACAAUCACCUGCACCGCCAACAUCUAUUGAUUGUAAACCAAGUUCACCUAAUCUUGACUGCAAGAAAUUCUCAGAGGAAAUAGGAGAGAUCAACUGCAUUGUUGAGCUGUGAUUUUGCAUAAAAGGUCUAAUUAUUACUUCAUGAUGAUCAGUGUCGUAUUGAGUAGGUCCUGGAUUCUUCUCAACAUCUUUACUUAGACCAUGUUUACAUGGAGUGGGGGACCCCGGUCUAGUGGGGUAGGUUUCUUUUGUUUUAUGUCCUCCAGAGCGUGAAAACAAAAGAAGCCAACCCCACUAGACCGGGGUCCCCCACUCCAUGUAAACAGGCCCUUAGUUUGAAAUUCACAUAAUUGGUCAUAUGGCUCACACAAUUGCAAGAAAACAAUGAUAAAUAACGUGCUUUACAUUUUUCAUUAUCCUGUGAUAAUGUCUGCUAAAGAAAGACAACAAAUAAGCUUUCUUGGGUAUUGCCAUUUUAUUUAAGUUAAUUAUCUUUGGAUCACAUUUGUCAUUACAUUUAUAUCGUGCAUGAUAAAGUUUUUUGUCACCUUAUUAACAUAGCGAUGGAGCUUUGAAGACUUCGGUAUGUCAAUCGUUGAAAUCUUUUUGAAGACAAAUGUCUUCAACAUGCUAUUCUUUUUGUUGAGACCUCUUACAAAUAGCAGUGGAAUUCUGCUCGGUUUAGGAGCACGUCCAGAUCGCCUUGUAGCGCGUUUUUUUAAGAUGAUAUGAAGUUAGCUUUGAUAAUUAAGUGUUCGCUUUGAUUCUCGAUAAAUGUUCACUCAAUGUAGAUAGCUUUGAUAAGUCGCUUUUACUCUCGAUAAGUUUCACGAUAGAAGGUUCACUCUUUUACGAGCGAUCACUUAAAAGUGAUCGCUCGUAAAUUUGUCUCUCCAAAUAUUCACUCUUAAAUUUUCGCUCAUAAACUAGUGCAUCUUAAAGGUUGGGGAAUGUGUCGUUACCCACAAAGCUCGUAUGAUAAUCCUUCUCUUAACUGUCCUCCGUGUCUCGUGCUUUUCAAAAUGGCGUAUAAGAUUUCAAUGAGCCAGCGAUAUAUCUCAGUCAGCGAUAUAUCCCUAACAAUGUAACGUUGAAAAAACGAACCGUCUGCAUUUUAAGACCGGUGCCAGCCCUCGGCUGAGCCCCGGUAAAAAGUGUGCUGCCCUUGCAGAGUUGUUGUUUUUGCUAAUCAAACCUAUUAAUUUCUUCUGACGUUCGAUCAACAAUUCCCACGACACUGCCGCCGGCAAUCAGUUGGUGGAGCCCCUGUCCGGGGGAGGUGGAUAAUGUUUAAAAGUACAGUAAGCAGUUCCUAUGAAAAGAAAAAAACAAACAAAAUAAAAAAACAAACAAACAAAAACUAAAAAAUAAACUGUUUUUAACUAAAUAACUUUAAAUCAUGUUAAAAGUUUAGCUUUUGUGUGAAUGGGACUAACCUUAUUCUCUGCAAUAGUUUUAAUUUCCACUGCAUUACCAAUCCCACCCACUUAUAUGAUUAAGACUCGUGGCGUGAGUUUUAGGCACAGAACAAUUUAAGACUUUGAAAUAAUUCAGGAAACACACCUUUCUCAUAAAAGAACAGAAAGUAGGAAUCUAAUGUGAUAUAUAUGAUAAGAUUAUUGACAAAAAUAGUGAUAAAUGUAUGUAAACAAAUCAGACUGAACUCUAAGGAAUCUUGGUCUCGAAUCAGUUCAGCACACAUGCUUAAAUCUGCAUCAAUUCCAAGUCGGGCGUUUAAAUAGAUCGACUAAUGCUGUGGAACCAACGGCCUGAUGACAACAAGGAAGCUACGAACAUUAUGCGUGGAUGCCUGAGGUGCGUAUGGCUUGCUAGGCUUUUCCAACUGACCUAGCUGAUAAACGAAGAAAUCACCUUAGUUUUUAUUUUGAUGAAUGCCAACAAAUCAACUACAAUUACAGCUGUAAAUAGCCUUGAAAGAAAUUUAUAUAACUUCAUUUCCCACCUGCAGUACAAAGAGAACAUUAUAGGCAAGCAUAACUAUAAAUCGUAACAAAACAUUGUGAAACAGCGUUUACUAGAAGCCGUAGUAGAUAGUAAACAAAGAUGCAAUGACUGCAUGGGUAAAAUAAGGAACUGCUUGAAAAUCUCAGGAAUUUUUUGAAAUGCACCACAUAAUUAGUGCGGUUUUCUUAAAGGGAUUGGCAGUCUUAAUAGUUUAUGAGGUGCUGUUAUUUUAACUUCAGUGACGAUCAUUGUGAAUUGGAUGGCCCAUCAGUGUAGGAACUGUUGGAGGGGGGACGGGGAGGGAUUGUCGUCGUUUCUUUCCUUAUAAUACAUUUCCGUUGGUUUUUAGCCGGGACGAAGCUUCGAUGUUUUGACCGUCAUACAGGUAUCGCUAGAAAAGAGGAUAAGAGAAAAGGAGAAAAAGCUUCAAUAACAACGCCUUUAUCGUGAAUACUUAAAAACCUGUUUGGCUAUGAAUUUAACAAUAUUAAUGCUGUAUGUUCGGGUUCAAAGAAAGCUUGAACCGCGUUCACAUUUGUAUCGUUUAUGGGUGUGAUUGUAAUUUAUCGACAAGCAUCACUACCCCCCACACAUGGAGUGCCCCCCCCCCGAGCUCUUUGGAUUGUUGCCGGGUUACUGGAAGGAGCUAGACAAAUUAUGAUGGAAUUUUACAAAUUAGUUUAAAAAACCUUAAGGGUGUUUUUACAAUCGUAUCUUUGAGCACACGGGUCAUGUUUAUGUUUAUAGCAUAUAUUUCGACUUGUUAUUGUAAACCAUUCGAGGUACAAAGGUCGAGUGCUCUGGGCAAAGAUAGAUCUUUCUACCGAUACUGGGUUUUGGAAAUUCUGACCAACCUUACAGAGUUACAUACUAAAAAUCAAGUAGCAUUUUGGUGAAAAAUCCACAGCCAAUUUCGCCAUUUUAUACCUACUACUCUUUACAGAUCAAAUUUCUCCCUGUCCUAAAAAGUUAGCCAGCCACAAUUCCACGUAAAAAAAAGACGAUAAAGUGGGCAACAAAACUGGAUAUCAAAAGAAAAAAAAGGAUUGAAAGGAAAAGGUAGAAAAGAGGGCGAGAAAGAAAAAUCGAAAUAGAUUCGCUGCUUAAUUACAUUAAAUUUAAUAGACAGAAAAAAAUGCCCUUAUUGUUGCAAAACUCAUUUUUAGCCAUUCCAAUGCUAAUUAACCGAAACCAGUCUAAAAAAGGGGAAUAAAGCCCCAAUAUCCACAUAAAAAUUCUCCACACUAGUCUUCAUACAUUGCCUUAACGAAUUUGAGAAUUUGGUAGAAAUCAAAGCAUUUUCUUUCUAACUCUCAUAACCAUUUCUCUUGGGAAUAUAUGGAUAUUAUAAGGAGAAAAUUAGUGUUGGUCACUAUUGGGGCUUACAGGGUUAAGGGUUCAUACCAUUAAUUCAUGAUCCGAGAUACUGGAAUUCCCUCACUUGUUUCAACCUAGAGUUGUCUAAGGUGGUGAUAUCAGGUGAUAUCCUUUUGUUGCUGAAAUCCAUUCCACGUAUUCGGACCUGCUGUUGUCGAUAUGUAAAUCAGUUUCAAGCUACUAUUACAAAGCUCGAGAUUUCACAAAAUUAUCUGAGAUCAGACCAUGCAAUGUCUUAGGCAAAGUCUGUUUUGGUUGUCAUGACCCCCAGCCGCUACAACUCUAGUCAGCAAGGUCUGCUGUUACAGAUCCUAUAGUCGGUUCCUCCCGUCAAACAGUGUAAAACACAGAUCCUCAAGGGAUUCUCAAUACCAAAGGUGUACAACUGGAGAGUGAGGGAAUAAUAGGGCGCUGGCCGGGACAUGUGAAUUUCACUAAUAAAGUUAUUUUUUGAGUCGUAAUUAAACGGAAGGACAAUUCCAGGGAUCGGUCCGCGAAUUUUAAUCGUUUGUUUGAAACGUCAUCAAGUACACGAGCGACUGCCUCAAAGCAAAAAAAUGUAGAAUGUUGUAGUUGUAAAUGGCUAUUGUUGAAUUCUUUCUUGACAACUGUGCUGAAUAAAUAUUUGUGGACCUCUCCAGAAACCAUCUUCUGAUUAAUUUCAAGUUUUAAAUUGCUGAAAUUCACAUAUUUAUCCCAAGGGCUGGACUGGGUGUUUUCCUCUCGGUCCCAUGAUUCUCUUUUGUCAUUACAGUGGAGAGGAGAAGUGUGACGUCACGCUACUAUGGUAGCAAAAUUUCUGGAUCACAACAAUGGGGAACAUAAGCAAUGACGACGGCGACCGCAACCAGAACCAGAACGACAAAAAAAGCAAUAGGUUUAGAUUAGCAAAAUAACAACUUUGCAAAACAACAACUUUUUUGUACAUUUCUUAACCGUUGUUACACGACUGUGACAUAAAACUUCGCGCCCUCCUUAUGGAGUAGGUGAACAAAACACAAAAAUGUUAUUUUUCUUUUUCUUAACUUAGAUAAGGUCCUUUCGGAAUCAACCCCAGCAAAUUUCGCCAACAUUUGACAAAUUAAAUGAAUUGAAUAAAAUCGAUUUCGGUUUGUUGUCAUCCAGAAAUUUUACUACCAUGGCAACGUGACGUAACGACUUCUCCUCUCUCUCGGAUCAGUUCGAAGUUAUAGGCCUAGGGAGUAAAAAAGGAUUGGCUAAAUGAAAGCACAUCAAGCCAUAACCUAAAGGAAAACCAAAACGGCUCUUAAACAUCUAAGAAAAUUCUGGACAAUCCUGACACUCCGGAAAGCGACGAGAAUUGGAUAAGAUUUUGAACAUUUAAGGUAGACUUGAGAUUUCCAAUUCGUGUAUUUUUUUAUAUUCAACAUUUUUUAAUGAUCAUUCGUCCAUUGUACAAAUUGAUGGGUGAUUGAUGAAGCCGAAAAAAAUUGCAAGUUUAUUGUAAGUCAGACAAUCGCAAACACUGGGCGCUCAUUACGGCACUGUCGUAUCACAAAUCAUGAUUACAUACUGCUAUUCCUGACAAAGUUUGACCGGCUAAGAGUAACUAAAUUUUCUCCUAUUGUUUCCUUGACGUUUAAUCACUAUUUCUAGAGAUAAUAGUGGUAAGUCUGUCAAUAAAAAAUCUUCCUAAUAUUAAGGAUUCGCCGUGCUACAAAAUAUUAAAAUUCCUCCAUGAAUUAUUUGGUUGCUUGGGCAACAAAAUUAUAGGCCUUUGUACUUUAUAUCAAAAGAAAUACGGUCUAGGCUCCUCUUGCUUUCCGCAAGAGAAAAAUGUCUUAAAAAAUCUAAAUGCGACAAAGAUAGUUUUCUCUAAGAAAAGUCAGCAUAUCAAUAUAUGAAUAGCUGCGUGAUCAAUUCCCACAUCAAGAAAUUCAGUUAAGUCCAGCCGUUUGUAUUUGUUUGUCUACCCAGCCGUAUUCAAACUUCUGAUGUGGCAAUUUUAAGGCCAGAAACAAGGAUUUCCAGGUUCUCCAUAGUCAGGUAAGACUGAAUAAAACUUUGUCUAAAUGUUUUGACGUUCCAUAUAGUUUUUCAGCUAUUUCGAAAAGGCAUUCUUCAUAACUCUUCAGCAGAAGAAUAAAUUCCGAGGAAUUAUCUACUGGUAGGUCGGAGAGAUCUUUAGCAGGAGCCUGAUAAAGUAAAUGGUACCGUCGGUGACAAGGGAUGAAACAUUUCUUACAUCCCAACUGAUAUCAACCCCUCUAUUAUCCACCCAGCCCAUGUAAUGUUGUACCACACCACCGGGGUCAGUACGGCUCUUACUCUUUACUAACAACAGUGUGGAUUCUUUUACGUCCAACAAGAAUCAGAACAAUGAAGAACUGUGAGACGGAGCCUUCGGUUGUUCGUCCUUAUUCGAGAAGUCUAGAAUGUCUAACCAUUUGUAGAUGUCAAGACCCUGAGCGUUGGGGUCCAGCCGGUGUUUGAACCCCCGACAUCCCGCUCGGCAGACAGGCGCUUAUCCAAUUGAGCUAACCGGGCGGGCGUUGUGGGUUGUCUUGUGUUUUGGGAGUUUUUCAGAGAGCUCCCUUAAUUCCCAAGGUAUCCCGGCCCGCCUCCUUCACCCUUAGGGCGCAAUUUAAAUUAUGAACUUCCCCUUAUCGAGACACAAGUUCACCUGUUUGUCAAUUCAGUACGGUUUUUGUGUCAUUGAUGUUAUCGAAAAUGUUGUUUCAUGUCCCUAAAGGCAAUAUAGGACGUAAAUAGUAUGCAUUAAAAUAGUGCAAAGCAGGUGAAUUUUAUUUAUUGAGCAAAAGUAAGUUCCUGAUCGUGGGUGGUUCCGUGGUGUACUUAAAUGUUCAAGAAUUGGUAUAGGAUUUAAUAGAGCCGAAGUCGAUUGAGGAAUUGUAUAGUCACAUUUUACGCAUCCUACUGAUGAACAGUUACGACUUUUUAGCAACAAAAAUAUAAUUUGCCGUCUGUCCCCUUUGAAUACAUCUAUGCCUUCACUGAAACAGUAGUUGACUAUUGACUUGUUUUAGUUGUCGCUUACAAAAGUAACUGCUUUUUUGGCACACGUCAGGUAGAUCAAGGGCGUAUAAAUCGCAAAUUUUUGGCAACAAUUUUUGCGCGUACCUCUCGUGGCUUGAUUUCAUCGCUAGUUUUAUUGUCAGUUAUCUUUGUCCUUGUCUUGACGCUAUACUUUAAUGAGUAUAAAAUACAUGAAAAUAACCGAUGAUAAAAUUGAUCAAUGCUUUCUACGUGCAAUGCUGCAUGACAAAUAAAAAACACUGGGAGGGGAGGAAAAGAACUUUGUUCUUUCAGUCAGAUAUGUACCGCCGCAUUUUACUUGAAACACGACUUGAGGACCCUUUUUGUCAUUUUACGUCUUACAGCAGUUCAACCGAAGUUUACUUCACCUUUUUUUACAGUGAAUUGCCACGAAUAUGACGACGGGCAAAGGACUGCUGGCAGUCACAUUAAAAGUUCGUUAUCUCCGGCCUGGUUUCGUUGUAUCGAGGUUCUUUUCAACGGCAUUGCUGGGUCGCAAAAUAUCGUUUGUUAUACCAAGGAAUUCGUUAUUUAUAGAGGUUUGUUUUACAUCGAGGUUUCACGGUUUACGUUCUGUAUAAAGUAGCAAUAACUGUAUAAUUUGCAUACCAAUGCCAUUUCUAUUAUAAAUUAAUGUAAUAUCCAGUGAAGUACAGCCGGCAACAUAUGUUGACAGAAAUUUUAAAUCGCCCCUUAAAAAUUCAAUCUACUUGUCUUGGAGCAAUAUCAUCAUUUCCCGUAGAGCAAAACAAAACAAAAAGGAAAAUUGAAUACAAAUUAUUACAGCUUAAAAACUUAUUGUCCUUAAACCGGUUUGCCGAUUUUCAUUCUUUCUUUUCUUUCUAGUCUUUCAAUUUUUCCACUUAAGACUAGCUGAGCAGCCGUGAGAAAGCGCAAUAAACUCAAUGUCUUUCAGUGUUCCGUUUACAUCAAUUUACCUGGUUGAAAGAGAUACAAUAUUCAGUUUACUUUCUUAAAAUAGAACUUUUAGACAGUUCAUUGUUCAUACCCCCAUUAAAAAGACUAAGUAGUUUCCCCUUGACUACAAACAAAAAAAUAUUUCAUUAGCCUAUCACUCCGCUGAACUACCUCACUAGUAUAAACUUGUCAGUUUUGAUAAGUCCUCAAAAAGCUGUACAAAAUUGAUAUCGACCUCUCCGAUCACGCAAUGGAUAUCCUGUCUAUGUUGUUUGGACAGCUAAUAGAAACAUUUUUGUGAUUUUUUUUGUUGAAUGAUACUCUAUUUUCACGCGAUGGGAUGGUGUUUUCAAAUUUAAAAAAAAAGACUCAUAAAUGUUUAUGCUAAGCCCAAGUUCUUUCAAAAACCAACAUAUCUUACAAAGGGAAAAAUUGCUGUUUAUUUGACAAAGUUGGAAACAUUGUCUGUGUUUCCGAUUUUCUACCAAUAUUUUCCUUCAACAAAACCAAAAAUAUGCAUUAAGUAUAGACCUAUUCAAAUAUCGAGUAAGAUAAAUUCGAGCAAGGUUUCUUCCGCAAUUCUCAUUCAAAUGAAGCAGAAUGUAAUUAAGCACUUUGUUGAUUUCCUUUCCGGUUCGGCUGCCCCUUAAGCGAUUUCAACGUAUGAACUUCUGCGUGUUGAAAGAAAGAUGUUUGAAAAUUUGCUCAGCUGCGAUACUUCAUUCCAGGCUUACUUGGAGAUCGGAAUAGCGUGAAAUUUGUGCGGAUACAGUUACCGCAUCAAGGUCACUGACAAAUUCAAGUAACUGUUUCAAACUUUGGGGUGAUCGAUACCACUACAUGACUCUAAUAAGUUUGCAUUGAUACGCAGUCUUCGGAGUUAAGCAUUGAAAAGGAAGGCAUAUUGCUUUGUUUCCAUUUAAAAGCGAGAGGGCUACGCAAACAGCCCUCCAGCUUGACAAGGUGAGAGCCCGGGUGAAAGUUAACGAUGCUGGUCCACUGAAUUUUGAAGCGAAGUAAAAUCGGUACAGUUGUGGUUACAAUUACUUCUGACCUGUUUUCAAGUCUUCAAAACCGCCAGCUCAUCGAAGGAUGCAAAUAUUAAACCGCCAAUUAUUCGGUCUAAAUAUUAUAGUGUUGACAUUUGCGCUCUUAGUUUUUGCAAUUGUUUCUGUCGAAGGGAGACUUUGCAAAACGCAUCAGGAUUGCCUGGGGGAUUUCAUACAGUGUUGCAGCGGUUACUGUCGUCAAUCAUGCAACUUGUCGUGCUCCAGAAACGAUCAGUGCGGCUCACCCCCAACCCUCGAGGAACAUUGCUGCAAAGGAACGUGUAUAUCAACAUCUCUGACUUGUGAAAAGCCAGCACCUGAGAAAGAAAACGUCCUAAGCCCGCCUUUAAUUGCUGUAGUUGCGAUAUUCAGUGUGUUACUUGUGAUAGCUUUGUGCUGUGUCUUCAGGGCACAGCUGUGCAAAAUGCGCGCACUUUGUUUCGCGGGUAACAGAGGCUCUAGGCGGGAAGGGAACGCCGGUGUCAAGGUAAGCGUUGGUGCCGGCUUCAUGGAACUCGGACGAAAUGGAACUGAUGAAAGCUUGAAUGUAACAGAGAGAUUUACUUUACGAGCCGGUAGCAACUCCUGGGUUGGACAGGAUUUUCGUGUUGUGCCUCCAAAAUCAUUAAGUAAAAGAAACUAUCAUGACUAA